UUUGAUUCUUCAACAAGGCAACAAUCAUCAACUGUUAGAAGAAGCUACAACACCACCCUCUUUUAUCAAACUUGAACUUUGUUGGGUUUUCUUAUCUGUUUCAUCUUUCACAUACCAAAUGAACACCUAGAGAAAAUGGCAUCAAUGGCAGCGAGAAUUAAUCCGACGCAAUACCUUUCAAGGCACAUUUUCAAUGCCGAGAAGAGUGAUGGUGUUGAUAUGGUCACCCAAAUGGGAUUUUAUCCUUCGAUGGAUAGGGCGAUGGUGACAAGCAAACAUCGCAGAUUUCCGGUCAUGGCUAGUAGUUCUGUUAAUCCGAGAAGUCAUGUCGAAACGAUCAACGGAAAGAAGAUUAAUGGGAUUCAUGUGGAAGAGGCUGAUUCAUUGUUAGGAAACAAGAGUAUUGGUACUGAGUUAGUUAUAGAUAGAGGUAGUGAUGCAUCUCUUCACUCAUGUUUACAUGGGAAAUUUGUGGAGGAUAGGUUUGUAUAUAGGCAGACAUUCGUUAUUAGAUCUUAUGAGAUUGGUCCUGACAAAACUGCCACCAUGGAGACACUGAUGAAUCUUCUUCAGGAGACAGCUCUGAAUCACGUAACAGGUUCUGGCCUUGCCGGAAAUGGCUUCGGGGCUACUCGUGAGAUGAGCCUCCGGAAACUUAUUUGGGUCGUCACUCGCGUCCAUAUUCAAGUUGAGAGAUACAGUUGCUGGGGAGAUGUUGUGGAAAUAGAUACUUGGGUGGAUGCAGCAGGCAAAAACGGAAUGCGCAGGGAUUGGAUUAUCCGAGACUAUCAUACUCAAGAAAUUAUUACCAGAGCAACAAGCACUUGGGUGAUAAUGAAUAGAGAAACAAGAAGGUUGUCAAAGAUCCCUGACCAAGUGAGACAAGAGGUAGAGCCUUUCUACCUAAAUAGAGCAGCAAUUGCCACUGAGAAAAUCGAUAAGGAGAAAAUUGACAAGCUCACUGAUGGAACUGCCGGGAGAAUCCGAUCAGGCUUAGCACCUCGAUGGAGUGACAUGGAUGCCAACCAGCAUGUAAACAAUGUGAAAUACAUUGGUUGGAUUCUUGAGAGCGUGCCACUCAAAGUAUUAGAAGAAUAUGACAUGACAAGCAUGACUCUGGAGUUUCGACGAGAAUGUAGGCAGUCAAAUUUGCUAGAAUCAUUGACGAGCACAACAGCAAGUUUGGCUCAUGAACAUCAUUGCAACAACAGCAAUGACAACAACUCGAUCAAUCGCAGACCAGACCUCCAGUACACACACUUGCUUCGGAUGCAAGCCGAUAAGGCAGAGAUAGUGCGAGCAAGAACAGAAUGGCGUGGCAAACAAAAACAUAUAUUGCACUGAUAUAUGUACUUGAACUCAGAUUGCAGAUUGAUUUUCACACACUUCAAUUUCUUUUAUUGAUUUUCAAGCGUUUUGCAUUGCUAGCUAAACCCAUCUGGGUUCAUUUCCUUCACUAUUUUUUGUUGUGCUUGUUGUAUUUAUUCAUCAGGCUGUGUAAUAUUUUGCAAGUGCACUCUAUGUUUGAUAGUGCAUUGCUUAGGCGCAGUUGUCUCUUCAAUUUAUGUCAAUGACAUAUACACUCACCAU